AUGGAGCUGAAUCUCCAUCUGUGCUUCAAGCAUGCAAAUCACAGUCUAUGCAGGUUGAACUCGGUUUUCAUCCUGUGGGUCUCCAUGACAUUGGUGUGCUCGGGUUUCCCAGUUGGCCCUUCCAUGAGCACCGACCCGCUGUAUCUGAGCUGCCAGCUGAAGGGGAGAUGGGAUUCGUGCCUGGUGCUGCUGAGCAGCUGCCUGUCCAGGGUGGGCAGGGCUGAGGAGCUGCCCCUGGGGAAGCCUCUCCACAAAAGGUCCUUCCGCAACGGCGUCGGAGCGGGAAUUAAAAAAACUUCCUUCCGAAGGGCAAAGUCCUGA